CUCAAAGAUGUUGCAAAGAGAGAGGGGAGGUUUGCAACAGUGAAGCCAGUGUUUUAUUGAGUAAAAAAAAACGGGGCAGUUCUUGGAAUAUCAUCCUUGAUCAGAUCAUUUCUUCUUGAAGCAUGAACUUUUUUUCGUGGAGGGGUUUUGUUCUUUCCUGUCUUGACACUUUCGAUGGCUUCUGCUCCCUAAAGACGCCGCUUUAACUCCAGGCAGCAGCUUGGACUUUGUGACAUUUUUUUUUAAAGUUGGGAUCGUCAGUGGUGGACUGUGUGUGUUUGUUUCAUGGACAUCACAGCAUCGUGUUGUUCCUUUGUACAGCCCUGGAUUUACCCCCAGCCCCGCGAUCCGCGUCCGGAGCUGCCCUGGAUUUCUUUGCUGACCUUUCUUCUGCGAUGUGAUCCGAGCUGAAGGGAUGGUUUUGUGGUGAGAAACCGAGAACGCUCAGCUUCCAGUCUUGGUGAUGUUUAGAAUCUGAAAAUUACCACCGACGUUUAUUGCAUUUCUUCUCACGGCUCCUGUUCAGAAGUCAUCGGAGACAUCGCUGCGUGUGUGUGUGUGUCUGUGUGUGAUUCCUUUUUGAUUUUUAAAACACCACUGGGAGAGUAAGGAGAGAGGAAUAGCAUCCAAGGAUGUAUCCACAAGGCAGGCAUCCCGCACCUCAUCAGCCUGGACAGCCAUUUAAGUUUACAGUGGUGGAGACAUGUGAUCGCAUCAAAGAAGAAUUUCAGUUCUUGCAGGCACAGUAUCACAGCCUGAAGCUGGAAUGUGAGAAGCUGGCAAGUGAAAAGACAGAAAUGCAACGGCAUUACGUCAUGGUAUGUACUCAAUACUAUGAAAUGUCCUACGGUCUGAAUAUUGAAAUGCACAAACAGGCAGAAAUUGUGAAGAGACUGAGCACAAUUUGUGCACAAAUUAUACCUUUCCUCUCUCAAGAGCAUCAGCAGCAGGUGGUUCAGGCGAUAGAGCGUGCCAAGCAAGUCACCAUGGCCGAACUGAAUGCCAUCAUCGGAAAUGCUCACUUACAGCAGCAGCAGCUCCAGCACCUGUCCCACCACGCGCCUCCAAUUCCGCUCACUCCGCAUCCGUCAGGACUUCAGGCUGCAGGAAUUCCCUCCAUCAGCGGUGGCUCAGGCCUUCUGACCCUGUCCAGUGCCCUUGGAGUUCAUGCCCAUCUUGCAAUGAAAGAAGACAAGAACCACUUGGACAUGGACCAUCACAGAGAUCGUGACCGGGACCCCAGUCGAAGUAAAUCUGUCUCUCCCUCCGACAGUGUGCGAGCUGAAGACAAGCACAGAGGCUCCCUCGACUACAGCACCGAUGGCAAGAAGAGGAAGUGUGAUGACAAAGACUCAGUGGGACAUUAUGACAGUGAUGGCGAUAAGAGUGAUGAUAACUUGGUCGUGGAUGUUUCAAAUGAGGAUCCAUCGUCUCCACAAGGCAGCCCAUCCCACUCGCCCCGCGGAAAUGGGAUAGAUAAGUUCCACCUUUUGAGAAAGGAUGCUCCGAGCAGCCCUGCGUCCCUGGCAUCCUCGCGCAGCACGCCACCCACCAAGCCUAAAGAACCGGGCCUGAAUGAGAAGGCCACCACGCCAGUGUCUAAAUCUAUCACCCCAACUCCCCGCAGCGACUCUUUGACCCCUGGCCCUAGCUCUGCGUCCAGGCUGCGCCAGAUCUCCAGCAAACCCUCUGUGGAUGCACUGGGUCUGAGGAGCCCACUGACUGUACCAGGCCCCUACCCAACACCAUUUGGGAUGAUGACGCAUGCAGGAAUGAACGGGGAGUUGCCCAGCCCAGGGGCCUACGCAAGUCUCCACAUCUCACCACAAAUGAGCACUGCGGCAGUGUACGGCCGCUCCCCAAUGGUUGCCUUUGACUCACAUCCUCAUAUGCGUGCUUCAGGACUUCCUCCUAGUCUGCCCACGAUUCCUGGGGGAAAACCAGCCUACUCCUUCCACGUCAGUGCUGACAGUCAGAUGCAGCCUGUCCCGUUCCCUCACGAUGCUUUGGUUGGACCAGGGAUACCUCGGCACGCUCGGCAGAUCAACAACCUGAAUCAUGGGGAGGUGGUGUGUGCCGUUACUGUCAGCAACCCCAUGAGGCACGUGUACACGGGGGGCAAAGGGUGCGUCAAGGUGUGGGACAUCAGCCAACCUGGAAGCAAAAGCCCUGUCUCUCAGCUCGACUGCCUGAACCGAGACAACUAUAUCCGUUCCUGCAAGCUUCUCCCUGAUGGCCGAACGCUGAUAGUAGGCGGCGAGGCCAGCACGCUUUCAAUCUGGGAUCUGGCGGCACCGACUCCACGCAUAAAAGCUGAACUGACGUCAUCGGCCCCCGCUUGCUACGCACUAGCCAUCAGUCCUGACGCUAAAGUCUGUUUCUCGUGCUGCAGUGAUGGCAACAUUGCUGUAUGGGAUUUGCAUAAUCAAACCCUGGUCAGGCAGUUCCAAGGUCACACAGAUGGGGCCAGCUGCAUUGACAUCUCAAAUGAUGGGACUAAGCUGUGGACUGGUGGCCUGGACAACACAGUCAGGUGCUGGGACCUGAGGGAGGGGAGGCAGCUUCAGCAACACGACUUCACAUCACAGAUUUUCUCCCUGGGUUACUGCCCGACUGGUGAGUGGCUAGCUGUCGGGAUGGAGAGCAGCAACGUUGAAGUUUUACACGUCAACAAGCCAGACAAAUACCAGCUUCACCUACAUGAGAGCUGUGUGCUCUCACUCAAGUUUGCCUGUUGCGGUAAAUGGUUUGUAAGCACUGGGAAAGACAACCUCCUGAAUGCAUGGAGAACUCCAUAUGGAGCCAGUAUAUUUCAGUCAAAGGAAUCAUCCUCAGUGCUGAGCUGCGACAUUUCUGUGGACGACAAGUACAUUGUUACUGGCUCAGGUGACAAGAAGGCUACAGUCUAUGAAGUGAUUUAUUGAGCAGCAAUCCCUCUCAGCCAGCAAGAAAUCUAAAGGGACAUCAAGCUGUUAAUGGACAUUGGAUUUAACUAGGGACAAGUUAAGGACAACAACAGCUACUGCCAAAGCAGACUGCAUUUGUACUGUUCAAGGCUGCAAUAUACUAUAGAGCGAAAACUUCAGAUAUAUUUAGGCAAAAAAAAACGUGGGGCGUUUGUCUUGUUUAUACAACAUAGUGAAUUGUAAUUGUGAAAAUGUAAAUAUUUUUGAAACAAGUUUUUGCGUUGGCUUGUUUAGCCACAAAACGAUCAUUCAUGGAUGAAGUCCUUUCUUUUAUACUGUCUUUACCUUCAGGAAGCAGGAUUCCUGCUGAAAGCCUUGUACUUAAUAUUGAUUGACCACAUCUACCACUGUAUAGGGGACAAAUGCACUGUGUAGAACUACUUUGUGAAUUAAGCAACAGUCUCUGUGAAGUGUUGAAUGUUAUUGUCAGAGUAGCAUCUCUAAUUCUAGCAUUGGUUUCUUUUUCCGUCUCAUAAGACUAGUGCCACACACCUGUGCAGGACACUGCUCCACAAGGCAUUACCAAAGGGAUAAAAGUUGCUAUUUAACUCUUCUGUCUCGUACUGUGAUCACUUUUUGUCUUGUUUUCACCCAUGUCUUACCCGCGUUGCAGUGGGAUAAGUGUCAUAGGAAAGGUCGCUCUAUGAUUGUACCACUAAUUUGUACUUUGAAACCCCAACUAGCAGGAGGAUGGCUUUGAUGUGAAGGUUAAUUUCUCUUUCACCACUGCUCAUGAUACCCUAAACAUCAAAGCAACCAAGAACCCUUGAAUGUCCAUUGGAGUCAAAUUCAAAUAUCACUCUGUCCCCUAUUUAAUUUUAAAAAGAGAUCAGAACUCCCCCCUCUGGCACUGCAAUCUUCUUACCUUGUAUAAAAUUCGAAUUCUGUAAAUGCUUAAUAAGUUACUUCCUAGAGGAUGCAGCAGGCUUUGCACUAACAGAUGCUAAAGUGCUGUUCCAAGAGAAUUGGGAUCAAUGCAUUAUCACAGCGAGACACCCUGUGGAACGCAUGAAGAGAGUAUGCGCCUAUGUGGAGCCAGGGGAGGAAGACAGAGUGAUUCAGUGUCCUUCCUCGUGUGUGACUCAAAAGAAGUAGGUUAAGGAAAGGUGAGCAGAGGGACUGAGCGUGUGAUGUGCUAUAAUAUAUUGCAGCUUAAAAAUGAAUUUUUGCACAUAAAUGUGCGUUUCAAGAACAAGCUUCUCUUUUGUACAGAUCUAUGUAAGUGAGUGACUGUAGAACACUGCUGUAUAGUAAGUAAAAACAAAAAAAAAAACCCCAUUAAACCUGCACCGCUCUGCC